GUCCUGUACAGUUGGUGGUGGUGUUCCUGACUACCCCCUCUCUCCCUCUCUCUGUCGCUGACCGCUGUGGCUGUGGCGGUUCUGCAUUUUAUCACUGCACUUGACUGGUCUGGCUCGUUCGCCCUCCUCUGUCAGGCCUCCGUCCUCUUCUGGCCUCCUAUUCCUCUCCUUUCUUCUGUUUAAAAUCGUCGGGGACGGCACUGGUUGAUCUUCCUUCUGCCACCACCUUCCUUCUCCCUCUUACACCCUGAAACCCGCCCGCUAGACAACCCGUCACAAUGUCGUGGAAAAUCACCAGAAAAUUAAAGGAGACGCACCUGGCUCCUUUGACCCAACCCUUCACCCGCUCCUCCUCCACAUCCACCAUUAAAGGUGAUUCUGGCGAAGAGACCCCUGUGGCUUCGCAAGCUCCCACUAUCUCCACAGCCAACUCCAAUGGAAUCAAUGCCUCGGAGUCGCUCGUCUCCCCGCCCGUGGCCCCUGUCAAGCCCGGUAUUUUGAUCGUCACCCUCCACGAAGGCCAAGCUUUCUCUCUUUCCCCCCACUAUCAACAGAUCUUCAACUCGCAUUUCCAAAACAACGGUUCCUAUGGCAUGCGUCCGAGCUCGUCAUCAUCCCACUCCGCGCACGGCCAGGCCGGCUCCUUCGUACAAAGCGCCCGCCCGCAGUCCACCAGCGGAGGUAUCAACGCCGCCCCGACCAUCCACGGUCGGUAUUCCACCAAGUAUCUUCCUUACGCCCUCCUGGAUUUCGAAAAGAACCAAGUCUUCGUCGAUGCCGUGUCGGGAUCGCCCGAGAACCCCCUGUGGGCCGGAGACAACACCGCCUAUAAGUUCGACGUGUCGCGCAAGACGGAACUGAACGUUCAGCUGUAUCUUCGGAAUCCUGCAGCUCGGCCCGGCGCCGGUCGGAGCGAAGAUAUUUUCCUCGGAGCUGUCAAGGUGCACCCUCGCUUCGAGGAGGCGCUGCCCCAUGCCGAGGACCCCAAGAGCAAGAAGGACAAGCCGUCGCAAGAACGUCAGCUCGGCCAACUCGGCGCCGAAUGGCUGGAUCUCCAGUUUGGCACCGGUUCCAUCAAGAUCGGUGUCUCGUUCGUUGAAAACAAGCAACGGAGCAUGAAGUUGGAGGACUUCGAGCUGCUGAAGGUUGUGGGUAAGGGUAGUUUCGGCAAGGUCAUGCAGGUCAUGAAGAAGGAUACGGGUCGGAUUUACGCCCUCAAGACUAUCCGCAAGGCCCACAUCAUCUCCCGCUCGGAAGUCACCCACACCCUCGCCGAGCGAUCUGUGCUCUCCCAGAUCAACAACCCCUUCAUCGUCCCCCUGAAGUUCUCCUUCCAGUCGCCGGAGAAGCUGUAUCUCGUCCUUGCGUUCGUGAACGGCGGCGAGCUGUUCCACCACCUCCAGCGUGAACAGCGGUUCGACAUCAACCGGGCCCGUUUCUACACCGCCGAGCUGCUCUGCGCACUGGAGUGCUUGCAUGGCUUCAAGGUCAUCUACCGUGACCUUAAGCCGGAGAACAUCCUUCUGGAUUACACUGGUCACAUUGCUCUUUGCGACUUUGGCCUGUGCAAGCUGGACAUGAAGGAUGAGGAUCGGACGAACACCUUCUGUGGUACUCCCGAAUAUCUUGCUCCCGAACUUCUCCUUGGAAACGGAUACACGAAGACCGUUGACUGGUGGACGCUGGGUGUUCUCCUUUACGAGAUGCUGACGGGUCUUCCUCCGUUCUACGAUGAAAACACCAACGAUAUGUACCGCAAGAUCCUUCAGGAGCCCUUGACUUUCCCCAGCACCGAUAUCGUCCCCCCUGCCGCGCGGGAUCUGCUCACCCGACUGCUUGAUCGCGACCCACAGCGUCGGUUGGGCGCCAACGGCGCCGCGGAAAUCAAGUCACACCACUUCUUCGCCAACAUCGAUUGGCGCAAGCUGCUCCAGAGGAAGUACGAACCAAGCUUCCGGCCGAACGUGCUGGGCGCGCGCGAUAUUACCAACUUUGACCGGGAAUUUACCCAGGAAGCGCCGCAAGAUUCCUACGUAGACGGUCCGGUCCUGUCUCAAACCAUGCAGCAACAAUUCGAAGGCUGGUCCUACAACCGCCCUGUUGCUGGUCUCGGAGAUGCUGGUGGCAGUGUUAAGGACCCAUCGUUCGGAAGCAUCACUGAGUAAAAAAAAACAUGUCACGUUAUCGAUUGACUUGGGAAAACAACGUGUGGCACCAAGACAUCAGGGGAAGUUGU